GUUACUGCACUAGUAUAAAUACGAGCUGCCAGUCUCCGAAAACGCCCCUGAAACUCUCUGAGAAACUCUUCUUCCCCUCUGAAAACACACGCAGCCCCAGCAUGUCUUUCAUCCAGCUCUUCAUGCAGCAGACUGUCUACAUGGGCAUGCCCGAUGACUCAGCUCUGCCGAGAGGGAACCGUGACCCCGGCAGUGAACUUCAGCGCCAGCACAGACGCGGCCGUCCUGGACAAAGCCAUCAAAGCUAAAGGUGUGGAUGAGAACACCAUCAUUGAGAUUCUGGUGAAAAGAAGCAACGAGCAGAGACAGAAGAUUAAAGAGGCGUACCAGCAGGCCAGCGGCAAGCCUCUGGAUGCAGCGCUGAAGAGUGCUCUGCAGGGAGAUCUGGAGGAUGUGGUUCUGGCUCUGCUGAAAACCCCGGCCCAGUACGAUGCUCAGCAGCUGAAAAUGGCCAUGAAGGGACUGGGCACAGACGAGGAGGUCCUCAUCGAGAUCCUGGCCUCCAGGACCAACCGAGAGAUCCUGGACAUUAAGAAGGCCUACAAGGAAGACUACAAGAAGGAUCUGGAGUCUGACAUCAAGGGCGACACCGGCGGAGACUUCAGAACUGCUCUGCUCGAACUCUGCAAGGCCGGCAGGACAGAAGGUGUGAAUGAGCAGCUGGUGGACAGCGAUGCCCGGGCGCUGUAUGAGGCCGGUGAGGGCAGGAAGGGAACCGACUCCAAACCCUUUAUCGAGAUCCUCACCUCCAGGAGCGCCCCACACCUCCGCAGAGUUUUCGAGCGGUACUCCAAGUACAGCAAAGUGGACGUGGCCAAAGCUAUCGACCUGGAGAUGAAGGGAGACAUCGAGAGCUGUCUCACCGCCGUAGUGAAGUGUGCUGGGAGCCGGCCGGCCUUCUUCGCUGAGAAGCUCUACUUGUCCAUGAAGGGUAAAGGAACCCGCAAACACACCCUGACCCGCAUCAUGGUGAGCCGCUCGGAGAUCGACAUGAAACGGAUCAAGGACGAGUACAAGAAGACCUACGGAAAAACCCUGGACCAGGACAUUCUGGACGACACGGCCGGAGACUACGAGAAGAUUCUCCUGGCUCUCUGUGGAGGUCAAAACUAAACAGCCAAUCACAGGGCUCCAAGAGAUCACAUGGCUCAGACAGCUGGAGACCCAGCUGUGGAGGUCUCCUGUAAUCUCUCGACACAUAUCGUUCCUUCUGCUUUUAAAACGGACAAGUCUGUCUGUCUGUCUGUCUGUCUGUCUUUGUUUGUGGCUGCCAUGACGAUGUUUAGCAAACAUUAAGAUUAACGAAGACGUUUUUUUCCUUUUCUCGUCUCCGUUUUGCUUCGGGACCGGCUUAGCUUUUUACUCUUUAUUGGUUCACAUCUGGAGCUGGAAGAGAAGCUGAUCCCAGUGCAGCUGCUGACCUCUGUAAACCGAUGUAAUCAUGUGCCAAUCAUCUUUCUCUGAAGAAGCUCCGUCAACAUGCAAAAUAAAAGCUUUUAUUUUGAAGGGUCA